UCGGCGGGCGCGGGGCAGCGCCGCCCCCAGGCCGGGGGGCACGGGGAGGGCUUCCGGGAGCCCGGGAUGCGGCGGCAGCGCUACCGGGGCUGAACACCUUUGUUUUCGGUUCUGGGCUCGGGGCUCUGUCAGCGCAUCUUGCUGCUUCUCUUCCCGCAGGAGCGCAGCUCCCGGCCGACGCCUCGGGCGUGAAGUGUCCCCGGGGCGGGGGACGGACGGGAGGGGGCGGCCGCAGCUGCCAGCCCCCGGCCCAGCGGCAGGAAGGGGAACGAUGAAGCAGUGACGGCUCCAGACAGAGGACGUGCCACCGCUGAGCGAGACCCACCAGCGUGACGGCAGAGCCCCCGCAGCCCCCAGCGCUGCCCGCAGGAGCCCCGGCCUGGGCGCCUGCUGCCCGCCGGGCACAUCCCUGGGUGGGGGGCUCGGGAGAGCCAGCCUGGCUGGUCUCGGCGGGACAUGACCGAGAUGAGCAUGGUAAAGAGCCUAGAGCGGCUGGAGCAGCGGCUGGCCGUGAUGGUGGCUGCCCAGGAGACUUCUCAGGCCUGGUCUUCACUGGGAGAGGAGGGGCCGGCAACUAUGAAAAAGGACAAAAGCCAUAGCCGGGACGAGGCAGACUGCAGGGCAGAGUUGAUCCUCAUCAACGGGGACUGCACGGGUCCCACUAACGAUGCACCCAACCUUGUUCUGGAGGCAAAUGGGAAGCCCAGUGCUCCAGAUGCUGGGGGCCUGGGGCUGCCGUCCCUGAAGAACAAGAGGGUUAGCAAGGGAGACCUCUCCAAGGAGGGCCUGUCCUGGCCUCUCGCUCUCGCAGGGGUGCAGGAGGUGCGGCCCCAGGGCAGCACCGGCUGGGAGAGCAGCCUCAGGCAGAAGCCCCCCGUCCGCCUCAUCUUCCAGGCAGGGCAGACCCGGCACGUGAUGAAGAUCAAGGAAACAAACAGCGUGGAGCCUGUCAGGGACCUGCCAACUCCCCUGCGGAGCUCCAAGCGGCGCCUGGCCGCGUCCAUCCCUGUGACCAUCGACCUGGGGGAGGAAGAUUCCAGGGACUCGUCCCAGAGCAGCAGCAUGCUCUCCGGCAGCAGCUCCCAGGAGGGGCAGAACGGCUCUGCUGAGCUGGGGGCUGAGGAGCCAGAGAGCAGAGACCUGGGGAUGGCGCUGGAGUACCAGGAUGGGAAGGAAUUUGGAAUUGGGGAGCUCGUCUGGGGAAAGAUCAAAGGUUUUUCCUGGUGGCCUGCAAUUGUUGUCUCCUACAGAGCCACGGCCAAGCGCCAGGCUGUCUCGGGCAUGCGGUGGGUGCAGUGGUUCGGAGACGGCAAGUUCUCCGAGGUUUCUGCAGACAAGCUGGUUGGACUGGUGGCCUUUCGGCAGCAUUUCAAUUCCUCCACAUUUAAUAAGCUGGUCUCCUACCGGCGAGCCAUAUACCAUGCCUUGGAGAUUGCCCGGAGCCGGUCGGGGAAGACGUUUACAGCCGCCCCUGGGGAGUCCCUGGAGGAGCAGCUGAAGCCCAUGAUUGACUGGGCGCUCACUGGCUUCAAACCCUUGGGCUUCAAGGGACUGCGACCGCCCAAAGCUUUAGAGAACGGGGCCCUGAGGAACGGGACGGAGGAGGUGCUGUCCCUUGAGCAGUGUCCCCCCACCAAGAGGCUGAAGACUAACCUCUGCAACAACAGCAAGGAGCAGCGAGUGGAAGAGGACCAGACCCGAGAACAAAUGGUUUCCGAAGUUACGAACAACAGUGGGAGUCUCGAAGACAGCUGUUUGUCCUGCGGCAGGAGAAACCCAGCCACCUUCCACCCGCUGUUCGAGGGGGGCCUUUGCCAGACGUGCAGGGAUAGAUUCCUGGAACUCUUCUACAUGUACGAUGAAGAUGGCUACCAGUCCUACUGCACAGUCUGCUGCGAGGGCAAGGAGCUGCUGCUUUGCAGCAAUGCCAGCUGCUGCAGGUGCUUCUGUGUGGAGUGUCUGGAGGUGCUGGUGGGGCGAGGGACGUCGGCCAAGGCAAAAGAGCAGGAGCCCUGGAACUGCUACAUGUGCCAGCCCCAGAGGAGCUAUGGGGUGCUGCAGCGCCGGCAGGACUGGAACACCCGCCUGCAGGACUUCUUCACCAGUGACAAGGGACAGGAAUACGCUGCACCCAAAAUCUACCCAACGGUCCCGCCGGCAAACAGGAGACCUAUUCGAGUGCUCUCUUUAUUUGAUGGGAUAGCAACAGGGUACCUGGUGCUGAAGGACUUGGGCAUCCAAGUGGAGAAGUACAUCGCUUCGGAAAUCUGUGAAGACCCCAUUGCCGUGGGCACCAUGCGGCACGAGGGCAACAUCACCUACGUGCACAACGUCAGGAACAUAACCAAGAGAAAUAUCGAGGAGUGGGGUCCUUUUGACCUGGUGAUUGGUGGAAGCCCCUGUAAUGACCUCUCCCUUGUCAAUCCGGCCAGGAAGGGGCUGUAUGAAGGAACUGGGAGGCUGUUCUUUGAAUUUUACCACCUGCUCAAUUAUGCCCGUCCCAAGGCGGGAGAGGAGCGCCCCUUCUUCUGGAUGUUCGAGAAUGUGGUGGCCAUGAGGGUCAACGACAAGAGGGACAUUUCUCGGUUUCUGGAGUGUAACCCAGUUAUGAUUGACGCUAUCAAGAUAUCAGCUGCCCACCGAGCACGCUAUUUCUGGGGCAACCUUCCAGGGAUGAACAGGAUCUUUGGCUUCCCCCUCCACUACACAGAUGUCUCCAACAUUGGCCGCGGGGCUCGCCAGAAGCUGCUGGAGAGAUCGUGGAGCAUCCCAGUCAUCCAGCACCUCUUUUCCCCGCUCAAGGAUUAUUUUGCCUGUGAAUAGCAAGCCGAGCGUCCCUCGUCUCUCUGGUAAAGAUGCACAGCUCCGCUGCCGUGGCGGGAGAGGGACGGGCACGGCCACCAGACUCUGCCAUGGCACCAUCCCUCCCUGGCCACGUGCUGCGGGAAGGCAGUCUGGCCCCGCAGGGAGAGCUGAGGAAAUGUCUUUAACCAAAGAACCUGGCAAGGUAACUUCUCUUUAAAGGGACUAACGGCAGUGAUAUGUAGAAAGUGAUGGACAAAAGAGCUUUAAUUACCCAGCGCAGGAAGCUCUGUGCAUAACUGAUGAGACGGGAACUCUCCUCCAGAGCAUUAAAUAUUCCGUUCUAGCCUAGAGCUUGAAGGUCACAACUUGCUGAGCAGUAGGUGUGGAGGCAGCUGCCGGGGCGCUGCAGGCAGACGUGAACCACAGCAAAUUACUGCUUUUCCUAAACAAACAAAACCUCUCUUGAAGCAACUGCCAAAAAUCCCCAAAUUGUAGCAGCAGGUGUAAGGGGACCCUGGUCAGGUUACAUACACUGAACAUGCAGGAUACAGAAACCAAAUCUUUUUUAUUUUUAUUUUUUGAUAAACUUUAAUUUUGUUGUUUAACGUCUAUUGCUGCUUUAAGGCAUUACAUAAGAAUGUGGAGAUUCCUAGACCUGAAUGUAGCUGAAACUGAACUGUGAGGUGAUAGAGUUACUUUUCUAGCUAGAACUAAAGAAAUAUUGUUUUAUAUGUUUGGCUGUAGUUUACAAAUAUUCACUACUUCCUUUUUAAAGCAUCUAAAACUUUUCUUUACAUUUUAAGAUCCUGCUGAGUGGUCUGAAAGCUUACACAGUAAUCAGAGCAGGGAGGAUCUGGGCUCCAGUGUCCAUAACGGAAAAUGUUCUCUGAGCAUUCAUUUCCCAAAUGAAUGUGGUGCGUCGGCAGGAAGGGUGGCAUUAGCGUAGUGGUCAAUGUUGUCUUCAAAAUACAGCCCCCCAAGAUGUCCCUACAGCGUCACAAACCCCAGCAGUAUUGGCAGUGUGUUAGCUGUGGUGCAGGAGGGUCCGGGAGCACAGCACUGGUCUUCCCCGUGCCCACCCUGCUCUGUGGGCAGGGGGGGUGACCCUGCGAGCACAGCAAGGUGGGAAAGCUGCUGUGGCUGGGGGCUGUGCGUGUCCCCCCCGCCACAGGCAGUGUCACUGGUGGAGGGGGGGGGGGUGGGGUGCUGGGGCAGGUCCUGGGGGUCCGCAGGCAGGGGCUGUACCUCUCCUUCCGUGCGUGCCCCUCUCCCCGUGCAUGAGGGAAGGAUGCUGCUGCUGCUCGCGUGCCCAGGGGUGGGGUGGGGGGCUCCUGGGCCAUACCCCUGCACCAGGAGCUCCUGUGGCCACCACUCUGCUCACUUUUGACUGCCCUCGUCUGCUCCCUAACUUCGCUGGAGUGAUUUCCUCGCUGUCGCUGGAGCCCUGGGCGUGCUGCUGCCAUGGCCAGCGUCUGGGGAGAUGCGGGUGUGUGCGCAGUGGAGCCCGGCCACCUGCGCCAGGUUUUCUGUAGCUGUGGGGCUGCUGUCCCGGCCCCAUGGACUCCUGACUCCAAUGCACAUUUCAAUGCACUGAAACAACUUGUAAUGUUCCCUCCUCGGUCCCUCUGUCCCCCCCUACCUCUGCUGUUCACUACAACCUGCUGCCUGGGUCUGGCAGAGUCCUUGGGUGCCUUCUCAAAAUUAAUGUGGUCCAAACCAUGGGCCAGCCCUCUGCCUGAUGCCAGGCUGUCUCAUGAGGUGUUGUACAGCAUCAGUGGUAAAUGAGAGCUCCUCUCCCAGCUCCUUCUACCUCUCUGACACAUGGGGACCCCCUCGCCACCCUCCUUAAGGGUGGUGGAGGACGGCAGCCUCCUGGGAGGAGGGAGCCUCCCAUUUUCCACUCUUGUUUGCAGCUUUCCACCCUAUGCCCAUCCCCAGCCUCUGAGGACCAUCUCUCAGUCUCCAGCCCAAGGCUGCGCUCGGGAAUGGGCAGGAAGGGAAGCCCAGGUGGUGUAAAGGCUUUUUUUCCUCGGUCCUGCCUGGAGGUUUCUCUUGAAAGUCUUCCCGUAGGGGUUUGCUCUCAGUGCUGUGUGUUGGAGCCGCACACCUUCGUUAAGGAAACGUUGGAGAAAGCCGGGUGGUCUCCAUGUCACUGCUGGCACCUGUGAUGCUCCACAAGCCCUGGGGACAAGUAGCACCCUCUUGCCACCUUUGUCACCAGCCCCCUGACUGGGAUGAUGGCGGGGUGGGUUAUGUGGGUGCCGGAGGUGUUCAGGGAUCCUGGCAUCGCCACAACUGCACCAGCUGGUUUCGGACCCCUUGCCAAGCCCCGAUCCUUAUGCCCAGCCUGGACCCAAGUCACAACACUAAUCCCUCCGGCCAGCCCCAGCUGCGGUCCCUGAGCGGAGCCGGCACUGGGGCUCGGGGGUGGCAGCCAUCCUCUGCCUUGGGAUGCUCCCGUGGCUUUUGUUGUUCCAAACGGGCUAAUAUGAAACCUCCACUCCGUGACAUCUCUUAAUUUCAUACUGCAGAUCUCACAUCCUUUCCUAUCUGAUCAAAAGAAAAAUAGACGAGGAAAAAAAGGACUUGGGGAAAGUAAACAAAGAUAAAAGAGGAAUGAGAAUUGUCUUGGCAUUAAGCUUACUUGAUAAGAAUUGUAGUAGACAAGUCUUCCUUGAAAUGUUUUUCCCUGUAAGAGCUGCCUUUUAUUAUGUGUUUAUAAAAAUGUGGUAAGGAGAGGUAGAUUUCAGAAAUGCCUUUUUAAUACUUUGUAAAGGUUUCUAACUCUCCCUGGUGCUAUUUUUUUAGGUUAAGGAUUUUUGAUGUUGAAAAGUUUUGCAGGUCUUUAUACAAUCUUUUAAAAAUAAAAGUGCAUAAUUUUGUUGAACACAUUUCAUACACUUUUUGUAUUGGGAGUGCAAAAACUCAGAACUGCCUUGUCUACACAGUCUGACUGAUUUUCGUGUGGGGAAAAAAGGGGAACCAUGUCAACAGUUUACCAUUUAUCACCGUCUAAUUAAAAACCAGUAUUUCUGUA